AUGGCUAAAAUGUGUGUUCGACGUGUCUAUCUAUGUCAAAUAUUGUAUAAACGUUUGAAUGAUAAAAAUCGUCGAAUAAUCUAUUUGGAUUUGAUAAAAAGAGAUUUAGACCAAUGUAUUUGUAAAACACGCACAAUUGUCUAUCAACAACGAAAAAUAAAUAAACAAAAUUUUUCAAAAAGAAAACAAUUACGAAAUAAGAUUUUGGAAGCACAUAUACUUAAAAUUGAAUAUACAAAUUCACAAGAACAAGCAAUAUUAACUCGAAAAAUAUUAGAAUUUAAAUAUCAACAAACGACAGGUGUUGUAUAA